AUGGCUCAAGAUAAUCCAAGUAGUGCUCCUGAUAACAAUGCUGGAGGUGGAGGUUCAGGGGGUGGCUCUAGCAAAAAUGAAGGUGGCACAAAAAAAGUGGAUUUGCAGCCACAUGCUGUGCAAGAGCAAUUACCUGGAGUUCAAUAUUGCGUCAAGAGUGCCCCUCCAUGGCGUGAAGCAGUGCUAUUGGGGUUUCAGCAUUAUUUUUUGACUCUUGGCAUGACCGUGCUGAUUCCAACUAUACUUGUUCCUCAAAUGGGUGGAGGAAAUGAGGAGAAGGCUAGGGUGAUUCAGACCCUUCUUUUUGUUUCCGGAAUAAGCACAUUUCUUCAAUCUUUGUUCGGAACUCGACUUCCAAUUGUAGUUGUUGGUUCAUGCACUUACCUAGUACCCUUGAUUUCCAUUAUCCAAGCCAACAGAUACACUUCAUACACAGAUCCUUAUGAGAGGUUUACAAAUACAAUGAGAGGGAUUCAAGGUGCAUUGAUCAUAAGUGGAUGUUUUCAAAUGGCUUUUGGAUUUUUCGGUUUUUGGAGGAAUGCUGUUAGGUUCCUUAGUCCACUCUGUGUAGUCCCUUAUGUAACUUUCACUGGACUCAGUCUCUACAGACUUGGUUUCCCAAUGCUGGCAAAAUGUGUUGAAAUUGGGCUUCCGGCACUAGUUAUCUUUGUUUUCAUCUCACAGUAUCUUAAUCGUUAUUUUGUCUCCAAGAAGCCUAAAUAUGACCGAUUUUCAGUGCUAAUUACUGUUUCAAUUGCAUGGUUAUUUGCAUUUAUUCUAACUUCAUGCACUACGUAUAACAAGAAGCCAGAAAGUACACAGAAUAGCUGCCGCACUGAUCGUGCUGGACUUGUUAGUUCCGCUCCAUGGGUGUAUAUUCCAUUCUUCUUCCAAUGGGGGCCUCCUACCUUCGAUGCUGGGGAGGCUUUUGCUAUGGUCGUUGCUUCUUUUGUUUCUCUUUUUGAGUACACUGGUACAUGUUAUGCUGCGGCAAGAUAUGGAAGUGCCACACCAGUGCCACCAUCUGUUAUCAGCCGUGGGGCUGGCUGGUUGGGAUUAAAUGCUUGCCUCAGUGCCGUCUUUGGUUCUGUAACUGGAUUUUCUGCAUCAGUGGAAAAUGCUGGUUUGUUGGCAUUGACAAAAGCAGGAAGCAGAAGGGUCGUUCAAAUAUCAUCUGGUUUUAUGAUUUUCUUCUCUGUAUUUGGCAAAUUUGGAGCACUUUUUGCUUCAGUACCUCUGCCAAUUAUGGCAGCAUUAUAUUGUGUAUUAUUCGGCUAUGUGUCUUCCGCGGGUCUUGAUUUUCUCCAAUUCUCCAACCUCAACAACUUCAAAAGUAAAUUUGUGUUGGGUUUCUCAUUCUUCCUUGGAAUCUCCAUACCACAAUAUUUCUCAGAAUAUUAUAAUGUGAAGCAGCAUCAUGGAGUUCCUAGAUGGUUCAAUGAUACCUUCACUGUCAUCUUCAUGUCCCACACAACAGUUUCUGCAUUGGUUGCUUUCGUUUUGGAUCUCACACUCGCUCGUGAAAAUGAUGAAGCACGUAAAGACAGUGGUUUGCAGUGGUGGGAGAGGUUCAACUUGUACAGCGCAAAUGUUAAGAGUGAUGAAUUCUAUUCUUUACCAUACAGUCUCAAUAAGCUUUUUCCGCCAAUUUGAGACACCAUGCACAUUAUGUUAUUUCCGUGUUUAAUGCAAAUGUGAUUCGUCACUUUUUUUUUUAAUCUUGUCAAAAAAAUUUCUUCUGGAUUCUAGUAACGUGGUUUUACUGUGAUAUGUUUGGAGCUAAUGAAUCAAAGAAGUAAAAGCCUUAGCUUAUUAAGGUCCGAGUUAGAAACACUUUUAAAAUUUUUUAUUAGAAAUAAACAUUUGUGAUAUUAAAUUUUUCUAUUCACCAAUUUUGUUGA